CCCGUGACCAUCGUUCCCAUCAUCAUUACGUCGGAGUUUGUGAACUUCAAGUCGUGAAAGGUAUUCACUGAUCACACAGAAUGGGUUUACAUUUUGGCGAAUUACCAACCAAGGUGCGUGGUAUCAUCUAUUAUUCAUUAUCUCCAUAUGAACAGAGAGCAUAUGCCGGAACACUCAAGAAAGGAAUACCCAACACAUUUCGACGGUUCAGAGGGUCCGUUCUGAAAGUUGUGCCACACAUGGAAGAGCAUUCUAUGUGGCUGUAG